UAAGAAAAUUGCCCCGUUACUGUACUGUCAUUCCGAGUCGUCUACGAGUUUUCUUCAAUCAAGACUUCCGAGUCAUUCGAUUAUAUAGUACCACCGAAAUUUUGAUACGAUAUUAUUUUAUCGAAUGCCUGGUGGUAAAAUGGAAGAGGCAACCGUCAUGAUGCUUGACAAAGAUGUAGCUGAAGUCGAUAUCAAGCCAAUAAUGGGUCACUAUUCCGGCGGCGGUGAUGAAUUGGAUGUAGAAGAUUUGUAUACAAAGUAUAAGCGACUGCAACGAAUGCUAGAAUUUCUAGAGGUUCAGGAAGAAUAUAUAAAAGAUGAGCAGCGCAAUUUAAAAAAAGAAUAUCUCCAUGCCCAAGAGGAAGUAAAACGUAUACAAAGCGUUCCCCUUGUAAUUGGACAGUUUUUGGAAGCGGUCGAUCAGAACACAGGCAUUGUGGGUUCAACAACUGGCUCCAAUUAUUAUGUUCGGAUUUUGUCGACAAUAGAUCGCGAGUUGCUCAAGCCUUCUGCCAGCGUUGCAUUACACAAGCACAGUAAUGCUCUCGUUGAUGUUUUGCCGCCAGAAGCUGAUUCCAGCAUUUCUAUGCUUCAAGCUGAUGAGAAGCCGGACAUUGCGUACAGCGACAUCGGUGGAAUGGAUAUGCAAAAGCAAGAAAUACGGGAAGCAGUAGAAUUGCCUCUCACACAUUUUGAACUUUACAAGCAGAUUGGUAUAGACCCUCCGCGCGGUGUUCUCAUGUAUGGUCCCCCGGGAUGUGGCAAAACUAUGUUGGCAAAAGCGGUUGCGAGACACACAACCGCUGCUUUCAUCCGUGUCGUGGGUUCGGAAUUUGUACAAAAGUAUCUGGGUGAGGGGCCAAGGAUGGUGAGAGAUGUUUUUCGUCUUGCCAAAGAAAACUCUCCUGCCAUUAUAUUUGUUGACGAGAUCGACGCGAUUGCUACAAAACGAUUUGACGCCCAAACCGGAGCUGAUCGUGAGGUGCAGCGUAUUCUCCUUGAACUCCUCAAUCAGAUGGACGGUUUCGAUCAAACUACCAAUGUUAAAGUUAUUAUGGCCACUAACAGGGCCGAUACGCUGGAUCCCGCGUUAUUGCGUCCAGGUAGAUUGGACCGGAAGAUUGAAUUCCCAUUACCGGAUCGUCGCCAAAAACGUUUGAUAUUCUCGACAAUAACAACUAAAAUGAAUCUUAGCGAGGAAGUCGAUUUGGAAGAUUACGUAGCUCGACCAGACAGAAUAUCAGGAGCUGAUAUAAAUGCUAUUUGUCAAGAGGCAGGAAUGCAUGCUGUUCGUGAAAAUCGUUAUAUCGUACUUGCCAAGGACUUUGAGAAGGGUUACAAAAACAAUAUUAAGAAGGACGAGUCAGAGCACGAGUUCUAUAAGUAAAUGUCGCUUGUAUACACUCCGUUGUCAUUGGAAUAAUGAAGUCUUCUUUUUUUUUUCUCGACAGCAUUUCUUGCGUCCAACUUUUUUUAUGUGCUACCCAAUUCUUGUAAGAAUUUAAGUUUUGUUUUUCUUUCAUGAGAACUAGCAUUAACGAACAUACUUAUUCCGUAUUAUACAUCUCACAAUAAAUUGAUUGUAUUAAUUUCACAAAA